UGUUUGAAAUCGCGAAAAGUUUUUAUUACUGGUGGUCGCUUUGUUUUCUUUAAAUUUAACGUCAUCGUGAUAAGUUCAUGGUCAGUAAUAUGACACGGGAUGACAUCGAAGUGGAGAGAGAGAGAGAAAUAAUAAAUGGCCUGAGGAAAUGGUGGGACCUGAUUCAACGACAUGGACCAGCACAAGGCUACCAUCCAAAUGCCCAGAAGUCCAUAUUAAUUGUAAAACCCGGAAACAUUGAACAAGCAAAAGAAUGUUUUGGAAACUUGGAGAUACAAAUUAAUGCAGGUGGAGAGAAGUAUCUUGGAGCUGUCCUAGGAACUGAACAAACAAAAAAGAAACUUUUUUGAAAUCCAGAGUAGAAGGAUGGAUAGGGGAGAUGAAACGGUUAGCUAAUAUCGCAAAAGAACCACAUGCUCCUUAUUCCGCAUUCACCUUUGGCUUGAAACACAAAGUGGAAAUAUCUGAUGAGGACAGUACCAAACAUAGGACACCUCCUACAGCCCAUAGAAGACACCAUCAAGAGGGAUUUCAUCCCAGCCCUCUCAGGUGGGCGAAACCCUACAGAUUUAGAGAGGGCCAUCCUGGAGCUGCCGCCAAGAAUGGGAGGCAUGGGAAUCACCAACCCAUGCAAAAUAUCAGACACGGAGCAUCAGAACUCCGUACGACUAACAGGCCAUUUGACGCAGCAUAUAGUAAGCCAGACCAGACAAGGGGAAAUAAACGAGGCAGAACAGAAAAAAAUGAUAUUAGAAAUAACGAAGACUAGGGAAGAAAACCAAAAAGCUGAAUUAGAGAAUAUAUUAUCACAGUUAUCAGAGGACCAGUAGAGAAGAAUGCAGAUGGCACAAGAAGUGGGGGCAUCCCACUGGCUCACGGCACUACCUAUUAAAGCCAAAGGUUUUAGCCUAAAUAAACAAAAAAAAAUUUGAUGCCUUGGCUUUAAGGUAUGGCUGGCAUAUGGAUGGACUUCCACAAACCUGCUCGUGUGGCUCCCCCUUCAACACAAAUCACGCCAUGUUUUGUAAGACGGGAGGAUUUGUCGUCAUACGGCAUGAUGAAGUCAGGGACCUCACUGCCCAAAUGCUCAGGGAAGUCUGCCAUGACGUGAGGGUGGAACCAGAACUACUGCCGACUGGAGGAAGAAGCUUCACCCUGAGAUCGGUAAACACCGCAGAGGAUGCUCGCCUAGAUAUCAGCGCCAGAGGAUUUUGGGCCCGAGGCCAGAGAGCAUUCUUCGAUGUAAGGAUCUUUAAUCCUAUGGCGCAGAGCAACAGGGACCAGGAUCUCCAUGCUGCCCACGGAAGGCAUGAAAACGAUAAGAUCCGAGAAUAUGAAGAACGUGUAGAAGUGGAACAAGGGACUUUCACGCCCCUUGUAUUCAGGACCACAGGAGGAAUGGCACCGAGGGCAAAGGCCUUCUACGCUAUCCUGGCGCAGCAACUGGCAGACAAGAAACAACAGUCAAAAACUGUCACAACGUGGAUGAGAUGCCGCCUGCCGUUCUCUCUCCUGAGAUCUUCUCUCCUCUGCCUUCGUGGGACGCGAUCAAAGCCGCCACUCUACACCAGCGUGAGAGACACCGACUUCGAGGAGACGGUGGAAGAAAGUAGAUUAAGGGAAAAUCUGUUGUAAUAUGUAUAUAUCUUUGAGCGAAAUAAAGAUUAACAAAGAAGAAAAUAGUGGAUGAUGGCCACAGCCAUUGGCGAGGUCGGGGCCAAUGGACUGUAUUGUAUUGUGUGUAUAUAUAUACACAAUAUAUAUCUCGCCAGCUCUUUAUGCAAACACUUAAUCUUUGUCUGGUCUCUUAAAGUCAAUAGAAGUUAAACCAGA